GUCAAUGUCACUUUAUAUUUUUAAAAAAUCCUAUGCUCUAAUUUUGUUCUGGGAAGCAAAGAAAGCAAAAGCGUGGGCUUCGUACGGGUACAAAGUGGAAAUCCACAGUGAAACAAAAUGUGGGUGGACAGAAGCAUCUUCCCAUAACUUUUGUGACUUUCCACUGCAAUUCUGGUUUUAUUUUGGAUUUGUACUGUGUAUUCAAACAUACACUAAAAUUGUCUGUUCUUGUUGGAAGAGUCCCUGAUGUCAAAAACAUUUUGUAUGCCAACUAGAGAAUAAGAAAAGGUAAUUGUUUAGUCUGAGCUUGAAAGAGAGGAAAUGUCAAAGAUGGCAGGCGCUAUCCGUGAACCAGAAAACUCAGUGCUGUCUUGCAAAGUUCCAGCUUCAUUGUCCAUAUUUUUUCUCUGAUAGAAAGCCCGUUUAACAGAACCCAACAACCUUUAUUCUCCUUCUCGUGCUUUUUUUUGCUUUAAUGUUUUUUACACCCUUUACAAACAUGAUAACUAUCUUUCUCUUUCACAUGCAUUGUUGGUUGCUAUGCUUUUCUCAGCUGUGUUUCGCAGGAGACACUUUGAACGUCGGCCAGGAGAUAACAGGAAAUGGAACUGUUCUUGUUUCAGCUGCAAAAAAGUUUGAACUUGGCUUCUUUUCUCCUGAUCUAAAUGUUACUGGCGGUAAAGGAAGAUACUUAGGGAUAUGGUAUUACCGAGAAGAGGGCUCAGGACUCUCACCAGUGGUGUGGGUUGCCAACAGAGACAACCCCGUAGCUGAUGAUUCUAUUGGUGUUUUCAGAAUCGCAGACGAUGGGAAUCUGGUUGUUUUAGACACAUCCGGUAUACGCUACUGGUCGGCAUCCAACCUUACAAACUCUUCUUCAGCUACAAACAGGAGUGUGAAGCUCAUGGAUUCUGGGAACCUUGUGUUACUAGAUGAACAUGUGGGAAUGAAACUGUGGGAGAGCUUUGAACACCCAACUGACACGUUCCUACCCGGUAUGAAGAUGGAUAAGACUUUGGAGUUGACUUGCUGGAAAAGCCUUAGCGACCCGGGAAGGGGGAACUUCACUUUCAAGAUGGAUAAAAAAUGGGAGAACCGUUUUGCGAUUUUAAACCAAGGACAACUUUACUGGCAGAGUGAAGAACAAGGAGACGGAGUGAUGAAUCCAGAGUCAAAUCCUGAUGACAUAAGCAAUGAUGUUUACAACUUAUUGACCAAUUUCAAGGAGCUUAAAAAUAAAACAGUGAGCAGCUACGACAACACGAGGCUGCUCCUCAAUUCCACAGGCGUGAUAAAAGUUCUUUAUAGGGUCAAUUUCCAAAGUGAUAUAGUUUGGUGGUAUCAGCCUAGAACAACAUGCUUGACAUAUAAUGUUUGCGGGAACUUUUCAAGUUGCAACGACGACAAUGAUAAGUUAUGUACAUGUUUGCCUGGAUUUGGUCGCAGGUCGCCUCUGAAUGAUUACACAGUAGGGGGAGAUACUUCUUCUCUACUAUGUACCAGAAAAUCAACAUCAUGCGGAGCAAACACAAAUACGUUCUUAAACUUGACCAUGAUGAAAAUAGGUAGCCCUGAUAUAAAAGUCUCUGCACAAGACGAAAAUGAAUGCAAAUUUCGUUGCAUUUCCAUGUGCUCCCAGACUCAGUGCCAGGCUUGUUCAUACGUUCCAAUACCUGUACAGCAGCGUGGUCUUAAUCUCUCCCCUUGUUGGAUCUGGACACAGAAUUUAACUACUCUUAAAGAAGAGUACCUUGGUGGAGAUGAUCGCAAACUCUUUGUCCGGGUAGCCAAAUCAGACAUAGCACCAACUCCAAAGACUUGUGAUGCUUGUGGCAUAAACAUAGUCCCUUAUCCGCUGAGUACUGGAGGAAGUUGUGGAGAGAGUUUAUACUUCAAAUUCAGCUGCAACUACUCAACAGGGCAGCUUAGUUUCUUCACGAGCACCAACUCCAAGCGUUACCAGAUCACUCGUGUGGAACCGGAUUCGAGGAAAUUCUUCAUCGAGGUCACUCGGGACAAACGUCACUGUGGUGAUUUUAAAAAAGCUCAGAACGAUAAUCUGGAUGUUUCUUUUCCGUUCAACUCGACCGACGACCCCUGCUCUGACCAAGUAGCUAUUAGUUGGCAACCACCAUCUGAACCCCCCACAUGUGCUAAUUCAAGUGAUUGUAAUGGUUGGAAACAUUCAACUUGCAAAGGAAAUAGAUGUCGUUGCAAUGCAAAUUAUUAUUGGCAUGGAGAUCUUUUAAGUUGUACAGAAAAAGAGCCAACAAGAAAAGGAAACCCCAAGAGCACACUGUCUUUGAUUCUUGGCAUAGCUCUUCCUGGCGUGGUUAUUCUGGCUUGCAUAUGUAUUUUAGCUUAUGUAUGCAGGCGGAAAAUAGCACUAAAGCUCAAACAAGAAAGUGAAAGCAUACAGAGACAAAGAGGGCGCUUUUAUGACAGUGAAAGACAUGUGAAAGAUUUGAUAGACAAGGAGGGAUUAGAAGAAAAAGACAAUGAAGGCAUAGAGGUGCCCUAUUUUGAUUUUGAGAGCAUACUAGUGGCCACGGAUUACUUCUCUGAUGCAAAUAAGCUUGGGAGAGGGGGUUAUGGGACAGUUUACAAGGGUAAGCUUCAAGGUGGUCGAGAAAUUGCGGUGAAGAGGCUUUCAAGUGUUUCAUCACAAGGCAUACAAGAAUUCAAGAACGAGGUUGUUUUGAUUGCCAAGCUUCAACAUCGGAACCUUGUUAGACUCUGGGGCUAUUGCAUAAAAGGAGACGAAAAAAUUUUGAUUUAUGAAUAUAUGCCUAACAAGAGCUUAGACGCAUUUGUAUUUGAUCCGACGAAAAGUGCACUCUUGGAUUGGCAAAUGCGAUUUGACAUACUUCUCGGAAUUGCUCGUGGGUUACUUUAUCUUCACCAAGACUCUAGACUAAGAGUAAUCCACAGAGACUUGAAAACUAGCAACAUUCUUUUAGAUGGUGAGAUGCAACCAAAAAUUUCAGACUUUGGAUUGGCGAGAAUAUUUGGAGGCAAAGAGACUGAGGCAAACACUCAGAGGGUAGUGGGGACAUAUGGAUACAUGUCUCCUGAAUAUGCAUUGGAUGGACAAUUCUCAACCAAAUCGGAUAUUUUCAGCUUUGGUGUUGUCUUGCUUGAGAUUAUCAGUGGGAAAAAAAACACAGGAUUUUAUCAGUAUAAAGGAACUUUAAGCCUUUUGGGUUAUGCUUGGAAACUGUGGACAGAGAACAAGUUGCUGGAUUUAAUGGACUUAUCUCUAGGUGAAGCUUACAAUGCAAACCAAUUUAUAAGGUGUACACAUGUUGGACUCUUAUGUGUACAGGAUGAACCUGAUGAUCGACCAAACAUGUCCAAUGUUGUAAUAAUGCUUGACAGUGAAACUGCAACCCUUCCAACCCCUAAACAACCAACCUUUUUUACGCGUAAAGACUUAUCUAGCACAGCUUCUUCAAGUUUGCAGUUUGAUAGUAGCAUUGUAGAAGGUCGAUAGAGCAAGUAGAGGCUCAAGUUGGAUACUAAGGAUCAGAAGCUGGAUUUUGAUAUCCUUAGUUCAUUUUAUUGCUUUUCAUAUAUGGCGAGUUCAAAUUCAUGUAUAUAAGAACAAUUAUAAAAUGUUAAUUGUUUGUAUCAUAAGCAAGGUGCAUAAGAUGCCUUAGCAUGUGAACACCUGAUUUCUGAGACUAUCACAGUCCCUUCACAUUGUUCCAA